ACGCUGAUUGCACCAAGUUGUUGUCUACUACGGGAGCAAAUCGGGCAAUGAAUUACUAGCUAGUAGCUAGAACACCAAAGUAGCUAGAUAGGCAACUAAUUAUCGAAUAUAAACCAGGGAGGAGAUUCAGGAGUCAACACCAAGAAAGAGCUCUCGUUAAACUGGUGAAAUAAAUGCCUUUACGCUGAAAAAUGGGUGGAGAUGUGUGUAAAUAGAAGCUACUAACUUAGAAGGCUGUCAACGCAAUUUUCAAAGCCAGAUAGGUUUUUGUUGUUGAUAUCAUCAGCUAAUUGGCUAGCAAUAACAUUAACUAGAAAUUUAUAAAUCGCUUAACCGUGUAAUCUCGUGUGUUGAUAGCUAGUUAACUAUUUAACUAGCUUGCUAUUAUGACAGUCGAAACAUUGGUAACUAGUUGCGCUUGGAAAUCGAACGAGCAGGCUCUUCAAGAGGAUAGCUUUAGUUAGCCUAAGUUGGCUACGGUCAUUUAAUUAUCCAAAACUAAUAGUAAACAACAUCUACGCGUUAUUGUGAAUAGGUAUUGAUUGCAAACCAGUCGACACUUGGCUAACAUCACCUGGACAUGAAGAAGUUCUUCGAUUCACGCCGGGAACUUGUGAGUUCCGGGCCUGGUUCUGGAGCUGGUGGAGGAGGCACUGGGUCCGGCAGCUGCGGUGGCAGUUUCAUUGGACGGGUAUUCACCAUUGGACGGUAUCAAGUGACCGUUGAUGAAACUGUUGCUGAAGGAGGCUUUGCCAUUGUGUUCCUGGUGCGGACCCACCAGGGGGUCCGCUGUGCCCUGAAGAGAAUGUACGUCAACAACGAGCACGACCUGCAUAUCUGCAAGCUCGAGAUCCAGAUCAUGAGGGACCUUGUGGGCCACAGGAACAUUGUGGGUUUCCUGGACUCCAGUAUAACUGCAGUGGGAGCAGGAGAUGUCUGGGAGGUCCUCAUCCUCAUGGACUUCUGUCGUGGUGGUCAGGUGGUGAACCAGAUGAACCAGCGUCUGCAGACAGGCUUCACUGAGGCAGAGGUGCUGCAGAUCUUCUGUGACACCUGCGAGGCUGUGGCCCGCCUCCACCAGUGCAAGACGCCAAUCAUCCAUCGAGAUCUCAAGGUGGAGAAUAUCCUGCUCCAUGACCGGGGACACUACGUGCUGUGUGACUUUGGUAGCGCCACCAACCGCUUCCAGGACCCUCAGACAGAGGGCGUGCCACUGGUGGAGGAGGAAAUCAAGAAGUACACUACUCUGUCAUACCGAGCCCCAGAGAUGAUCAACCUUUACAAUGGCAUGGUCAUCACUACAAAGGCAGACAUCUGGGCUAUGGGCUGCCUACUGUAUAAACUGUGCUACUUCACCCUGCCGUUUGGGGAGAGCCAGGUGGCCAUCUGUGACGGUAGCUUCACUAUACCAGACAACUCCCGCUAUUCCCCGGACAUGCACUGCCUCAUCAGAUACAUGCUGGAGCCUGACCCAGAGAAGAGACCAGAUAUCUACCAAGUGUCCUACUUCGCCUUCAAGCUGGCCCGUAUCGAAUGCCCCAUCCAGAACAUACAUGACUCUCCUAUUCCUACAAAACUCCCUGAACCAAUCAGAGCCAGCGAAGCUGUGGCCAAAAAGAGUCAUUCCAAAGCCAGGCUCUCUGACCCUGUCCCCACAAUGGAGACGUCCAUCGCGCCCCGUUCACGCCCCAAAGCUGGAGGGGCCCAGUCCAUAGGCAUCCUGCCCAUCCAGCCGGCCCUCACCCCACGCAAGAGACCCAACAUGGCUGCAGGAGGGCCCCAGCCCAUAGGUGUUUUAGGCGCCGCCCAGCCUGCAGUUGCUGUCCAAUUAGUCCAGCAGGCCACACCCCCACUGACUCAGACCGCCCCUUCGCAGCCCAUGGCCACGCCCCAGCAUCAGCAGGGUCUCUUCAUGAAGCAGCAGGCUGCAGCCUUCUUCAGCCCACAGCAGCAGCCCAACCACCAUCUGGCUCCUGGACGUGGGCUCCACAAGGUUGGCUCCCUGACACCCCCCUCCUCCCCAAAGAUGCCCCCCCGAGGCAGUCACAGACGCAUCCUGAGCGACGUCACUCACAGUGCUGUGUUUGGGGUCCCAAUCAGCAAGUCAACCCAGCUACUGCAGGCGGCUGCAGCAGAGGCCAGCCUCAACAAGUCCAAGUCAGCCAGCACCACCCCCUCUGGCUCCCCCUGCUCCUCCCAGCAGAGUGUGUACCAGCCAGGGGAGGGCGGUGCCCAGACAGCCCCCUCUGUACCCACUGGCAGCUGGAACCCUUUUGGUGAUGACAACUUCUCCAAGCUCUCUGCAGAGGAGCUGCUCAACAAGGACUUUGCCAAGCUGGCCGAGACUACAACAGGGGAGAGGGCCAGCCUCUCCACAGAGAACCUCAUCUCAGGGCUGCAGCCUGUCUCUGCUGCUGGGGCCACAUGCAAGGCUUUCCCAGCUGAGAGAUCUGCUGACAUCCUGGGUUUGGAUGCAGGCUCAGCGAUGUUGAGUGUCCCGGACCCCUUUAACGCCCUCUCCCUCUCUGACACCACAGAGAAGCUGAUUGAGGGGCUGAAGUCCCCUGAGACAUCUCUGCUGCUCCCUGACCUUUUACCCUUGGCUGACCCCUUCAGCAGCUCUGCAGAGGGCAACAGCAAUGCAGUGAAGGCUGAGAUGUGUGUGGACUCUCUCAUCCCGGGCCUGGAUACAGUCUCAGCCAGCCUGCCAGACCCUCUGGCUGGAGAGGACUCUCUGCUGGGCUGCUCUCUGCUGUCUCACACCUCCACCCCUGGGGAUCAAACUGUCUGUGCACCACCCUCCUCCUGCUCCUCUGCCCCUCCUGGCUCUGCUUCCUGUCUGGACAAGCUAGCUCCAGUCUCAUUUGGCACUGCCCAGACAUCUGCUGACUCUGCUUACCUCAUGUUGGGCUUCCAGCCGCCCGAGGCUGAGGAGAAGGGCACUGAGGACGAGUUUGACCCCAUCCCUGUGCUCAUCUCCAAAAACUCCAACAACCAAGGUGGUCACUCGCGCAGCAACAGUGGCACUUCAGAGUCCAGCAUCCCCAACUUGGCCCGCUCCCUUCUGCUGGUGGAUCAGCUCAUCGACCUCUAGGGGGUGGGAGAGAGAGGUCGAAGGGGCAGCUUGCAGUUGUAACACGAUGGGGAGGGGGCAGCAGAGGCACUUAUGUAGCACCUUGCAAGAUGAAAUGGAGGCGCUUUAGUGCGGACUAGUGAAUACUUUCUCUGCUGUGCCUCCGUGCCCCCGCCUCCAUCUCUUGCUUUCUUGAUACGCUGGUUUCAAACCAUUCAUCCUGGCCGUUGGCAUUCCCAUGUUGGUAACAACACGGCAUUAACUCCCCGUCCUGACAGAGUGUCUGCUUCUGUCUUGGCUGUACUGUGGUCUUUAUCAUGCUGUCAUCCAUCUGUCAACAUUCCUGUUUGUCCUGCCGUGCAGAUUCAACCCCACGCUAUGCACAUACUGCCUGGCUUGCCCAUAACUCCAUUGGCUUUGCUGUUUUACAAUGUUUGAUCAGGGUUUAUGCAAACGUAUGUGUCCCAGGUCUGACCAUGUAACACAGCAGUGUAGUACUUAUAUCUCUCCUAGCUAUCUGUAUGCACUCUUCCUGUAGCAGCUAUUACCAUGUCUAGUUAUUAGAGCAAAGCAGAUGCUGACUGAACUAUCACGAGCUGCUUGUAUGGGCCAUACAGAUGAGGACAAUGAGCUGUCAGUCCUUAGGCUCCUGCCGUGUUUUUAACUUUUCUUAAACUGCUGUGGUUCACCGCUGCCCCCUGGGAAUGUUUGGCUGUCUGUGGCAAAUGGUUGAAGAUGUCUGUCAUUGUGAGGUCAAAAGCGCUGAUGCAACAUGCCCCGUUAUGGUGGACAUUUACAGGCUGUGUCUAGCUGCCCCAAAACUGCCUCUGAUAGUCUGUUCUUCUACAACAACCAUCUCCUUGACUGCACAACCAUGUUUAUCUUAGCUGUGCGUUAUGUAAGAGCUACAAUCUUUUGAUCUGAACAUUCCCUGGGAUUAUUGUUCCCGUGCUGUGCAUUUCCUGUAGUUUAAGGUCAUAUUGAGCUGGUGCAUUUUGCCUCUUACUGUACCUCUAUAAGAAUUAUCUGGAAUGGUUGACGCAUUCGUGGUAUUAUUCUAAAUGUGUAUAAUUCAUUUGAAUGCUCUUGUCUUCUUGAUCAUACUGUACAUUAAGACGGGUGCUCAAGAAAUGUCUCUCUUCGGCAGAAUGCAUGCUAACGGGUUAUUGAUCAUGUGUAUUCCAAUAAGAGCUUUAUCGUGGCUAUUCUGUUUGAUUUGGGUUUCGGUCCUCGGCCCAUUGGCAAGGUUAACAGAUCUACUUUUCCCAGAAUGUGAGAUAGAAAUGAGUCCCAUAUUGAGCAUGGAUACAGCUGAGCAGUGCAAUGGCCGUGUAUCUCAUUGUGGUUGUUUAGUGAGGGUCAGCUGAUCUUUACUAGUGAGCCAGCAGAGUGAGAAGUAGGGUCAGCUGGUCUUUACUAGUGAGCCAGCAGAGUGAGAAGUAGGGUCAGCUGGUCUUUACUAGUGAGCCAGCAGAGUGAGAAGUAGGGUCAGCUGGUCUUUACCAGUGAGCCAGCAGAGUGAGAAGUAGGGUCAGCUGGUCUUUACUAGUGAGCCAGCAGAGUGAGAAGUAGGGUCAGCUGAUCUUUACUAGUGAGCCAGCAGAGUGAGAAGUAGGGUCAGCUGGUCUUUACUAGUGAGCCAGCAGAGUGAGAAGUAGGGUCAGCUGGUCUUUACCAGUGAGCCAGCAGAGUGAGAAGUAGGGUCAGCUGAUCUUUACUAGUGAGCCAGCAGAGUGAGAAGUAGGGUCAGCUGAUCUUUACCAGUGAGCCAGCAGAGUGAGAAGUAGGGUCAGCUGAUCUUUACUAGUGAGCCAGCAGAGUGAGAAGUAGGGUCAGCUGGUCUUUACCAGUGAGCCAGCAGAGUGAGAAGUAGGGUCAGCUGAUCUUUACUAGUGAGCCAGCAGAGUGAGAAGUAGGGUCAGCUGAUCUUUACCAGUGAGCCAGCAGAGUGAGAAGUAGGGUCAGCUGAUCUUUACCAGUGAGCCAGCAGAGUGAGAAAUAGGGUCAGCUGGUCUUUACUAGUGAGCCAGCAGAGUGAGAAGUAGGGUCAGCUGAUCUUUACCAGUGAGCCAGCAGAGUGAGAAAUAGGGUCAGCUGGUCUUUACUAGUGAGCCAGCAGAGUGAGAAGUAGGGUCAGCUGAUCUUUACCAGUGAGCCAGCAGAGUGAGAAGUAGGGUCAGCUGAUCUUUACCAGUGAGCCAGCAGAGUGAGAAGUAGGGUCAGCUGAUCUUUACCAGUGAGCCAGCAGAGUGAGAAGUAGGGUCAGCUGAUUUUUACCAGUGAGCCAGCAGAGUGAGAAGUAGGGUCAGCUGAUCUUUACCAGUGAGCCAGAGAGUGAGAAGUAGGUGCAGCUGAUCUUUACCAGUAAGCCAGCAGAGUGAGAAGUAGGGUCAGCUGAUCUUUACCAGUAAGCCAGCAGAGUGAGAAGUAGGGUCAGCUGAUCUUUACCAGUAAGCCAGCAGAGUGAGAAGUAGGGUCAGCUGAUCUUUACCAGUAAGCCAGCAGAGUGAGAAGUAGGGUCAGCUGAUCUUUACCAGUGAGCCAGCAGAGUGAGAAGUAGGGUCAGCUGAUCUUUACCAGUGAGCCAGCAGAGUGAGAAGUAGGGUCAGCUGAUCUUUACCAGUGAGCCAGCAGAGUGAGAAGUAGGGUCAGCUGAUCUUUACCAGUGAGCCAGCAGAGUGAGAAGUAGGGUCAGCUGAUCUUUACCAGUGAGCCAGCAGAGUGAGAAGUAGGGUCAGCUGAGCUUGGGUUUUGUCUGCUUGUGUUGCGGUGUGGUUCUACAGCCAAUCACAGUUUCUCUUUUUGUUCCAUGUGUCUCUGUUGUACAUUUCAUCCUCAUCAUUCAUCUCCCUUCUUUCCAAUCUACUCAUCCAUACUACACAAACACAUAUAUACACCUUGAUGUUGCUUGCCCUAUAUAGUGUAAUGAUCUGGACAAAUAUCCAUUACCAACUCGUAUGUAUAUAAAACCACUAUUUCCUCGUUCUCCCAUUGUAAAGAAGUAGUUAAAGUACACUGAACAAGAAUAUAAACGCAACAUGCAACAAUUUCAACAAUUCACAGUUCAUAUAAGGAAAUCGGUCAAUUGAAAUAAAUUCAUUAGGCCUUAAUCUAUGGACUUCACAUGACUGGGCAGGGGUGCACCCACUGGGGAGCCAGGCCAAGCCAAUCAGAAUGAGUUUUCCCCCACAAAAGGGCUUUAUUCCAGACAGAAAUACUCUGCAGGUAUAGAGCUUCUUGAUAUGCCUCACCUGUCAGAUGGAUGAAUGGCAAAGGAAAAAUGUUUACGAACAGGGAUGUGAACAAAUUUGUGUACAAAAGUUGAGAGUAAUACGCUUUUUGUGCACAUUGAAAAUUCGGGGAUAUUUUACUUCAGCUCAUGAAAACAUGGGACCAACACUUUACAUGUUGCGUUUAUAUUUUUGAUCAGUAUACAUUUUAAAGUGCUUCUUAUUUAAAGACCUAUCAUAAUAUGAAUAAAUGUGACAGUGCUAUAGAAUGAAUGAAUGAAUGAAUGUAUGAAGUGAGUAUCAAUAUGAAAUAUAUACAAUUCAUAAGUACAUAUUAUAGGUAAAUGAAAAUAAAGUUUAUUUCUGUGUAUUCUUUAUGGGGCUGUAUUUAAGAGUGCAAAGAUAUUGUGUCCCUCCUAUUUGUCCAAAGUAUUUUUGUCUAUCCUUCUUGGUCUUGUGGGAGACUAUUUCAGCGUAGGGAAGCCACUAGCCCCAUGGUUUUAGCGAUGUUAAUUUGGUGGUGUUCUGAGAACAGCUCUGUGCUUGUGACUUGCCUUAUUGGGGUAUUAUCUUAAACCUUCAUCCUUGGUUUUCCCAUAGUUUUUCCUGGUUUGAUUUUCUUCCUCUGAGCUGUAGUUUAUUUAACAACAGAGUCCCCUCCCUCUGAAAACAGGGCUUAUGACGGAAGGGUCUUCCUGAUAUCUCUGUCCUUUCCUCCUCCUUUACUGUUAACCCCUAAAUGCAUCAAACAAGCUAAGCUAUAUCGCCUACCUACACGUUACAAUGCAGUCUCAUUUGUUGGAAACAGAACCAAAAUGUGUCUUACUCUUGACACGUCUUCAUCCUCCCAGCCAGCAUAAUCAGUGGAUAUAAUGUACUACAUUGUACCCACACUUUAUUUACCUGAGGAAUAUUCAAAUUAGAUGAUAUAAUGUUUCAAAAACUAAACUGAAAUGCAACCCAUCUAAGAACUCUCAACUCCACAAAAUGCAUUUAUUCAAUUUCAAAAAGUCUUGUUUCCAUACUUGGAAAAUAGACAAAGCAAAAAUAUACAUUUCCAUUUGAGGUGGUACUGCUAGUAUCGCAUACUUUAAGUUGAAGUUAAUUUCUUAGUUUUUUUUCCUUUGAAAUAAAAAUGUGUUUUACCCCUCUCCAAACCAUAUAUUGUACAGUAAGUUCAGUAAGUAGAAAUAGGGCUGUGGCUUUUGAAAAGUGUCUGGAGAGAGAAUCAGUAAAACUACUCUUGUUUUAAUUCAUUUUCCUCUCCGAUCUACUUGUUGUACAGUUCAGUCUUUUGCAGGUUUAGGUGUGGCUAACCUAUGCAAUUCUACAGUAGUGCUCAUAUUAUCCUUAGACACCACAGUGCUGUAUUCAGUAGAGGUCUAGCCUUGCCAGUAGAAUUUGACUUGUGUUGCUGUGAAACUGAUGUACCUAGUGUGUUUGCUGGGGCAAAUAUAUGAACACUGUUGAACUGCGUAAACAGCAGUUGUCCAUAUGUGAAAGGACAGAGUUAUUAUCUAGUGUAUACCUUAUAUUUUUAUGAAAUGAGAAAAAAAUAUUCAAAAGGAAAGGGACAUCAAAUAAACAUCUGAAUGUAA